UAUACUACGUCUCUUUCUGUAGCUGUCAUUCUAAUGCCCCCACAUCAUUGUUUGAAUGAUAAAACAUUGCAUAUCUUUUGACUUUAUCAUCACUGUCAUUAUAAUAUUACACGCUUCUCCCUCAUCGUUCUUGAUGACAGAGGCUCCUCCGUCACCGGAAAACGAAACGUUCCGGCAGGGAGAUGCAGGUGCCACCUUCGUCCUUGAAUCUAAAGGUGAAUGGUAUCAUGCUGGAUUUCAUCUAACUACUGCCAUAGUGGGGCCCACUAUACUUACCUUACCGUACGCAUUCAGAGGGCUUGGAUGGGGUCUUGGAUUCUUUUGUCUUACGGUCAUGGGGGUGGUCACUUUUUACUCUUAUUAUCUCAUGUCCCUUGUUCUCGAGCACUGUGAGAAAGCGGGUCGAAGGCAUAUCCGUUUUCGGGAACUCGCCUCGGAUGUUUUGGGGUCUGGUUGGAUGUACUAUUUUGUAAUUUUUAUUCAAACAGCUAUCAACACUGGGAUAAGCAUAGGAGCAAUCUUGCUUGCAGGGCAAUGCCUUCAGAUAAUGUAUUCGGCUGUUUCUCCUGACGGGCCCCUUCGUCUAUGGCAAUUCAUAGCAAUGGUGACAAUGGUGAUGAUGGUUCUUUCUCAGUUACCGUCUUUUCAUUCUCUUAGGCAUGUCAACUUGGCUUCACUUUUCUUGAGCUUAGCCUAUACAUUCAUUGUUGUUUUUGCUUGUAUCCAUGCAGGGGUAUCGAAAAAUGCACCUCAAAGAGACUAUUCACUAGAAUCAUCAAAAUUUUCGGUGGUUAUGAGCGCAUUCACUUCAAUCUCUAUAAUCGCAGCCAUAUUUGGAAAUGGAAUAGUCCCGGAGAUACAGGCUACACUGGCUCCACCGGUAACAGGGAAGAUGUUAAAAGGGCUUAUGAUGUGUUACUCUGUGAUUUUUGUUACAUUCUACUCGGCUGCGGUCUCUGGGUACUAUGUGUUUGGGAAUAAAGCUAGCUCAAACAUUCUUAAGAGUCUUAUGCCUGAUGAGGGACCCGCCUUAGCCCCAACUUGGCUUCUGGGACUCGGUGUGGUUUUCGUUCUUCUUCAACUCUUUGCCAUUGGACUGGUUUAUUCUCAAGUAGCUUACGAGAUCAUGGAAACAAAAUCCGCAGAUGUGAAUCAAGGGAUGUUCUCAAAACGAAACUUAAUCCCAAGAAUGAUCCUGCGAUCGCUUUACAUGAUAUUUUGUGGCUUUUUUGCCGCAAUGUUGCCAUUUUUCGGGGACAUUAACGGCGUUGUUGGAGCUCUAGGCUUCAUUCCACUGGAUUUCAUCCUUCCAAUGCUUUUAUACAACAUGACAUACAAGCCAUCAAGAUCUUCAUUCACUUACUGGAUCAAUAUCAUUAUAAUGGUGGUCUUUACGGGUGUUGGCUUGUUGGGUUCGUUUUCUUCUGUAAGAAAGUUGGUUCUUGAUGCGAGUAAGUUCAAGCUGUUUAGCGACGAUGUGGUUGAUUGAGGAGAGACUAGACUUCAAAGCACAAUGAUAGAUGAAUGAUGUACAAUUUUUGUUGCAGGAAGUAUAUAUAAACCCUUCUUUUUAUACAGGAAAUUGUUAUACUCCUUCAAUUUCAAGAUGUUCUCACACCACAUAAAUUUUGUGACAAUUUUUGAUAUAAAACAAAUCAGGUUCAUGCU